AUGGCAGCACUGGCUCUGAAAGUCGACAAAGGAAACAAUCCUGGAGGAUACUUUCGGGCCGAGCAGUACUUCCCUAUAUGGGUGAUUGAUGUCCGUGGAUUGGAGUAUGUACGCAAGUACAUGCCUGCUGCAUCAGAAGAUCUAAAGGACAUGAGUCGAGUUGAGGCCAUGAUGAAGUUUGCCUUCGAAGCCAGUCGGUCACCAUUUGCUCUGAAUUGCCAUCUCUACGGUCUGCGACGACACAAAAUGGACACUGUCGACAACGCUGUGCUUGGAAUCAAUGCCAAAGGAAUCGAGAUGUGUGACAUUGGCGAAGAAGGCGAACGCAUACCUUUGCGUUCAUUGCCGUGGAACCGAGUGACGAGGUUAUCGUUUGAUCGGAAAAAGCUUACCAUCGUUGGUGCCGACACCUCCAAAAUGUGCUUAUAUGCACAGAGUGAGAGCAAAGCAAGGUAUCUGUUGGAGUUAUGUCGAGCUGUGCAUCAGACAUUGUUAGUGCUGUCACAUCAGAACGGCAAAAUCGCUCCAUUACCGCAACUCUUCCAUGAGAAGAGCGUAGACCGGACCUCAACAUCGUCAAACAACACCACUGUUCCAAACAACUGCGAUAACGACAAAGAUUCGGACUCCUUACUCCACGACUCACUAAGCAGUUCUGGUGAUCGAGGCCAGGGCUCGGUAUCGUCAAAGCAACGGGUUCGCAUAAAACUCGACUCAAACCUCGACUUGAAGAUUGAAAAAAUGGAGUUGGAACAUAUCCGACAGGAACGCGCUGCCAGUCAGUCAAGCAAAACAAGCGAUGCCAGUGACCAGGUCGAACGGAAGUUAACCACAGUGGAAACUGAUACCAGCGACGUACCGCACGACUUCAUCACACAUCCCACUGCAGACGUCACAAAUAUGCGGCCAGCUAGUGUGGAUUCUGCCUCGCAGACGGUCGAGACAAGUACCAGGUGCGCUCCGGUAGAUGUCAACUUCAACCUGAAAUCCGCGAUCAAUCCAACAGAUCUCGACAUUUUGGAAGCGUACGGCAUACCGUAUCAGGGAGAGAUCCAAUAUGCAUCCUCUGGUGGAUCACGUAGUGAUUCCAUUCAACACUCGAAUGAAAUGCUACCGGAGAGCAUGCUUCAUGCCUGCCGUCACGAACAGGGUUGUGCUAGAUCCGAAGAUGCCGAUUCGACUUUGCGAUCAGCCUUCCCUCAACAGUCUUCAGUGUCUCUUCAUGACUUACGAACUGCUGGCGUCAAGCCACCUCCAGGAUAUAUUGACGAACGCGCUGACAAUGAUGGCAACAUGAUCGUAAUGCCACCAUUACAAUGGAGCACCACAGAUCAUCAAAUGCAAAGAUUGAGCGCAUCUGGACAAGCUAGAAGUGAACCUAAGAUUGAUUCCGAUACCACAACCGACGACGGACCAAGCGGAUCGUUGCUAUCGAGCUUACCACCGCCUCGAGGAAAAACCAGAGAUCCGCCACCAUACGAGAGAGCACUCGAUAUUCAGAGAACCACCACCUCCCAACUGAAUCCUCAUCUUCACCUUCAACCAAGCGUUGUUCAAUCAAUCGCGGUUGGGCCCAUGGCCGCCGAAGCUGCUGGAGGCCAACCAGCAUUCCCUCCAGCGUCAGCCACCCAAUUCGCUACUCACGAUUACUUCAUUGACGAGGAGGGGUUAAGCACGGAACGCCUGCGCGAUUUCCCCAUGAUGCAUCGACUUCUACGUGAAUCGAAUAGUCUUCUCAGUCAUCAGCGAAGACCGUCAUCGUGCAUCGACCUCACGUCCGAAUACGUUUCCCACUUGCCACUGCCAGUCAUGACAGGUAAUUUCCAUGUUCCACUUCAUCGAGGAGACUACUUCCCUGACUCUGCUGUUCAUAACUAUGCACCGUACAUGAGAACACCGAAUGUAGUGCCAGCAGCUUAUGCAUGGCGACCUACUGCUCCGGCUGCAGUCAUGGACCUGCCACCACCUCCACCAUAUCCUGCUGGCCGAAAGGCACCGAUGGUCAUGUGA